AUGUCUUGGCAAUUUGUAAAUGCUGUGGUACAAAAGCUGGCAGCGCUGGAGGUGAAAGUCAGUGAGGAUCUGGACUCGAUGUCAUCAGUGAGUGCUGUGUUGGCUGUCGACGCGGAUUUCAUCAGCACAGAGUCUGGCUGGUUGGGUGACCUGGAGCCGGUUAUCGGUGACGUCCUCAACGGAUGGGCUCUGAAGGUAAACCCGGAUAAAACAGAAAUUACCGUUCUGGGCCGAUCCCUGGACAGGGUGGCGGAACAGUGGCGCACCACCAAGAAGCUCGGCUCACUCCUCGGGGAUAGCAAGGAUGUCUCUCGGAGGAAACAACUAGCCGCUGCAGCGUGUCGAUUGCUCUGGUCGCUAUGGAGCCGGCGCAGUACCGUUGGAGAAGAAUUGAGGCUUCGUCUCUACAAUGCGUUUGUACUACCAGUGCUAGUAUACAACGCCGGCACAUGGGGACUCAUGGCAGCUGCCGAGGGUGGACUCGACGCAUUCCACCGCGGGCAGCUCCGUUCACUGAUCGGCUUUGUCUGGCCGCAGAAGAUCGCAACAACAGCACUCUACGACAGGUGCAAGGCAGAGCCGAUCAGCCGCAUCAUCACCAGAGCUCGGUGGAGGCUAUUUGGCCAUAUCCUUCGACUUCCCAGUGAUGCCCCCGCCGUCCUAAGCAUGGUCAGCUACUUUCAAUGUGAUGACCACAAGUGGAGAGGCCGCCCUCGCAUCACCCUGCCGGUGAAGCUCGACGACGACCUCCACGGAGCUGCGUGCGGGCGAUUGCAGAGCCUGGAAGAUCUGGAGCGCCUAUCAGACGUAGCUGCAGUUCGAAGCAAAUGGAGGCAGCUACUGGAUAUGAUCCGCAAGUAG